AUGGCCGGCGCCAAACGACGACGCGCGGAAGAGAGUACGGAUGCUGGCGCCGACAACGUACAUCCGUCUCGGAGGCGGCGGGUCGAGGCAGAUGAGGCCAAAGCAGAACUUGCUCCAAUCUUCAAUCAGCUACGAGAAGAAAUUCCGGCCCAGCGACUGGGAGCGCUGAAGAGGCUUCUUCAAAAUCUCAGCAACAAGUCGGGAGACCCGUCUGGCCGGCUGGACUACGCAGUCACAAGACUCGUCAAGGGCCUGUGCAGUGGCGCCAAGGCUGCAAGAGCUGGCUUUUCCAUUGCGUUGGCUGAGGCGCUGAGGCUCGGCUUCGCGUCGACAUUGACACUUCCUGGUUUCGUUCCUCAUGCAAUAUCCCUGACUACACCAGAAGGCAACGUGAGCGGAGAAGAACGGCGCAACUAUUUGCUCGGGAGGCGGCUUGCUUUCAGAGCUGUCUUGCAGUCCGAUAUUCUUGCCAAGACGUCGCAGUCGGAUGCCAGACACCUCUUCGACGCCAUUGCACAGCUUGCCACGGAAAAGGAUUGGCUUCGAGAAGAAUGUGGAGCGAUGCUUCACGAGUUCCUUUCCAGUCAACAGGCCACGCAGGUGCAGGACGAGGUGAUUCGCAGCCUGAUUGAUUCUUGGGGAUCCAAAGGUUUCUUGAAGUCGCCUGAGGGUGUCGCAUUAUGGUUGACCGUCAAGAACGCCUUUGCAGGAGUAAAGCUGCCGAAAGCGACGUGGCAUCAUAACAACCCUCUGUCAACCCAAGAGCGAGCAACAUUGACCAACAUCCUGCUGAAGAACGCCGUGGAGUCUGGGGACCGUUUCAAUGACGCAGCCAAGAAGAAAUCCGGUGCUCGGCAAAUCGUCCCAAGCUUUGCCUGGCAGGUGAUUCUGGCCUAUCUCUACAAAGAGGACACGGGCCGGCAGUUCCAUUCAUUCUGGGAAGACUGCGUGGCGAAGCCCAUGUUCUCCGUUUCUUCUUCGACCGAGAGAAGAAGUCUCGGACUGCAGGUGUUUGCCACGACGAUUGCAACUGCGCCAGUGUCCGUGCUCGGAGACGUCGUGCACAAGAGCAUCAUGCAGUGCAUUAUUGAUCAUCGAGCAAAGCCUGACCGUUAUCUUCACGAGGCUGCGAAACUCCCACUCAGCCAGAUGGCUACCCGGGCGAAGCACGAUCCAGCAGCUGCCUCCAUUAUGAUCUGCAAGCUAUUCACAAUCAUGCCUGGCAAUCUUGACAAGUUUACCAAAGCCACGAUUGAGAAUAUGCUGUCUGCGUCCGAUGUAGACGGCCUUGCUGAUAUCGUGGCAACAGCGAUUAGUCUGUGCCGGGUGCCUGGCAGCAAUGACCCUGGCGAAGCACACCAAAAACGGCAGAUGAUCGGAAACUUCAUGCUCGGAAUGGUUCGCAGUCGUCGAAGUGAGCCGAAUCAAUUCUUCGACGUAAACAAUAAAACCGUACUAGUGGACUGGCUACAAGCUUUGAUUCGAGGCUUCGCACACCUGGCUUACACGAUUACGAGUGAGAAGUACUCGCCGCCGUUGUCACAGAAAAGCCAAGAGGUUUUUCGCGAACGGCUGACUUCAACACUUGGCCACCUGGUCGAUCUAUCCUUGAAUCAGGCAAUUUUGGCUCCAACACUAGUUCUCGAAACACUUCACGAAUCGAAGAAGAUUCUCGCGAGUGUGCUAGAUGAAAAGCGGACUGCAGCUUUGAGAGAAGCCCGCAAAGCCUUGAAGGAGGCUGCCAAGAGAUCCCAGAUAGCGGGCAGUGGCGAUGCGACGGUCAAUACUGCUUUCCAACUUCUUCUCGCAUUGGGCAUGCUGCAAGUAUACAACGAGGAAGAAGACGAUGCAAUUGGCGUUCUUAAGGAUAUUGUAUCAUGUUAUGAGACGCCCGCUGGAAAUGAGGACGCUUCCACGAUGCUUGUUGAGCUUCUACUCAGCUUUGUUGCCAAAUCAUCAAAGCUAUUCCAAACGUUGGCUCGACAAGUCUUCACCGCAUUUGCAUCCGAAGUGACUCCAGAAGGCUUGCAGUCUAUGACAGAGAUUCUGUCGCAAAAGGAGAACUUGGCUGGCCAGCAGGAGCUCUUCUCGCAGAACGGAGACGAGAAUGCAGACGGCGACAGCGAAGAAGAGGAAGAGGAAGAGACAGAUGAUGAUGAGGAGGAUGCUGUCGACGUAGAAGACGAGUCUGAUAUUGAAAUAUUGAAUGGCAAUGUCGUCAAGAUUGGCAGUGAGGAAGAUGAAGAAGAACUUUCCAGCAGCGAAGAAGGCGAAGAGUCUUCCGAAGCCGACGAAGACGAGGAAGCGGCUUUUGAUCGCAAGCUAGCAGAUGCGCUUGGCACUACAGGCAUGGAUGAAGACGUCGACGAGGACGGAUCUGACAUGGACGACGAGCAGAUGAUGGCACUGGAAGGUCAUCUGACGAACAUAUUCAAGGAGCGAAAGAAGGACGCCAACAAGAAGCAGGACAACAAAGAUGCCAAAGACAAUAUCGUCAACUUCAAGAAUCGAGUGUUGGAUCUGUUGUUUGUUUACGUCAAAAUCCAGUACGCUAACCCGAUCGCCAUGGACCUCGUUCAUCCGCUCGCAACUCUGACCCGCACGACUACAAAUCCGCCAACAGCUAAGAAGGCAUUGGAAGUGCUUGAGCAAUACUUUGACACUUGCAAGAAACACAAGAGCCUUCCCCAGCUUGACAGUGAGAAGCCCUGCGCGGAGUUGCUCAACGCUAUCUUCAGCGAAAUGAAGCUUGGAGGAUCGAAAUUGCAUGCAGCUGCCUGCAGCCGAUCUGCACUCUUUCUCGCAAAGGUUUUGAUUGGAAAGACAGAAACUUAUCGGAGAGUCGUGGAUCUGAAAUACCUCGGCCUACGCGAUGAGUGGAGAAAAGAUCCGAAGUCGAAGAUCCAUGGAAGUCUAUUCAAUGACUGGCACAACUGGUCCAUGCAGAGGUAG